GGAGAAAAACAGAAAAAACGACAUCGUAUAACAAUAUUCCCGCGCGUGAAAUCACCAUUCACCGUAAAACAUACGUAAUAAACCGUAUAAAGUAACAUCAAUUAAUACAUACAUACACUACACUACACACCUCGUGUAUGGUAUCUUUACUUUUCGUACAGUAUAUCUCUUCGUCGUUUUCUCCUCAAAAUCAAAAACACUCUCUUCUGUACUUUUUCUCGUAUUCUUCAACACUUCACAAACUCCGUCACACAGAUUCUAUCUCUUUCUAUUUCAAUAAUCACUUAUUUCAAUAAUCACUUUAAUGGCUUAUACUACUCGCCGGAGACGAUGAUGAAUUGUUCGACCAAAUUCCAAUACCCGCCACUCGGCAUUUCAUCUAAAAACCUAAUUCCUCAUCACGAUUCAGAUCUUCAACCGUUAAAACAAUCUCAACGCCGGAAACCUAAAACUCCGAGAACUCGUUUGAAGAAAUAUGGAACUUUCAGUGGUGGUGGUAAACGGAGUAGACCUGAAACUCCGUUAUUGAAAUGGAAGAUCCAUGAUAAAAGUGAGGAUCUUGUUGAUGCGGAGCAGAAGUCCUCGUCGUCGGUGAAGGUGAGUCGGAGAGUAAGCCGGAAUGUGAAGAAGAAGCAGAUGGAAGUGACUGUUUCAGUACGGAGACUUGCUGCUGGUCUUUGGCGGUUGCAUCAGCCGGAGAUGGUGCUUGAUGAUAGCCAGAGGCGGUUUCAGAAUGGAAGUGCCCAUGUAGGCCUCCCGUUUCUUGGUCGUCCAAAUGGCAUGACUCAUGAUGCUGAUCUGAAGAAUCAAUCUCAGAGUCCUCGUUCUGUCUUUGGGACAAAGAGUGGACACAACUGUGAGCUCAAACCUUUCCAGUUGCUCAACACUGAAAUGGAGGGUGCAACUAAGUGGGAUCCUGUAUGCCUAAAAACAUCCAAUGAGGCACAGCAUAUAUACGCGAAAAUUGUCAACCAAAAGGUAAGUACCGUGUCUGUUGUAUCUGCUCUUGAAGCUGAACUAGAGCAGGCACGUGCACGUAUUCAGGAGCUUGAGACUGAACACCACUCCUCCAAAAAGAAACUUGAUCAUUUUUUGAAGAAAAUCGGUGAGGAAAAAGCUCAAUGGCGAAGCAGAGAGCAUGAGAAAAUCCGUCUAUACAUUGACGACAUUAAAACAGAGUUGAAUCGAGAGAGGAAAAAUCGCCAGAGGAUUGAAGUUGUCAAUUCGAGAUUGGUAAAUGAGUUGGCAGAUGUGAAACUAUCAGCAAAACGCUACAUGCAGGAUUAUGAUAAGGAGAGGAAGGGAAGAGAACUGAUUGAGGAAGUGUGUGAUGAGCUUGCUAAGGAAAUUGGAGAAGACAAGGCUGAAGUUGAAGCAUUGAAGAGGGAAUCUAUGAAACUUAGGGAAGAACUGGAAGAGGAGAGAAAGAUGUUACAGAUGGCUGAAGUAUGGCGUGAAGAACGUGUUCAAAUGAAGUUGAUAGAUGCAAAAGUUGCUCUUGAAGAGAAGUAUUCACAGAUGAAUAAACUUGUUGCAGAUUUAGAAACUUUUCUCCAGUCAACAAAUGUGAAUCUAAACACGAAGGAGAUGAAAGAAGCACAGUCACUUCAACAGGCUGCAGCUGCAAUGAACAUUGAAGACAUUAAGGGAUUUUCAUAUGAACCCCCUAAAUCAGAUGACAUCUAUGCCAUUUUUGAAGAUUUAAAUUUUGGCGAUCACAACGAGAGGGAGAUUGAACCGUGUGUUUCUCACAGUCCUCCUAGUCAUGCCUCCAAGAUUCACACAGUGAGUCCCGAAGCAAAUGUAAUGAGUAAGGAUGGCAUUCCAAGGCAUUCUGAUGUAUAUAUGGAUGAUAAUGGUGAUAUAGAUGGUGAUGAAAGCGGAUGGGAAACUGUGAGCCAUGCUGAGGAUCAAGGCUCAAGUUAUUCUCCUGAGGAGAGUGUCCAAUCUUUAAACAAGAACCAUCGAGAGAGUAAUGUUUCACGGAGGAGUGUACUUGAAUGGGAGGAAAAUGCAGGUGAGGAGAUACCAAUAACAGAAAUUAAUGAAGUGUGCUCUAUACCAACUAAGCAAUCAAAAAAGGCCUCAUCCAUUACAAGACUUUGGAGGUCAGGCAUGAACAAUGAAGAUAAUUACAAGAUAAUCUCUUUGGAGGGAGUGAAUGGUAAACUUUCAAAUGGUAGGUUAUCCAACGGGAGCAUCGUGUCUCCUGACCGUGGACCAGGUAAAGGGGGAUUGAGCCCUCAUGACCUUCAAUACCAGUUUAGUCCCUCUGAGUCCACAAGUCCACAUACACAACGAGGUAUGAAAGGAUGCAUUCCUCGUGGUGCCCAGAAGCAUAGCUUGAAAGCUAAACUUUUGGAGGCCAGAAUGGAGAGCCAGAAGGUUCAGUUGCGCCAUGUUCUUAAACAGAAGAUUUAGAUGUGAGCAACAGAGGCAUUGCAUGGAUUGUUUUCCUGGAAUGGCUUAAGGGAAGCAGUUCAUAGGUACUAAAUGUGCUGGUUAUGUAUAAAAAAACUGCUCAGAAUAUAUGAGAGGCCAUGAAUAGAUUGCACAUAUCAUUAAACAGGAUAUUUUCCUUCUCUUGUGCUAUAAUUAUAAUAACUUAAACAGUGGUGUAUGUUGGGAAAAUACUUGCUUUGUAAUAUGUUGUAAUUGGCCUUACUUCAUUGCAUAGGGUGUCUUUAGAAAAAGUAUGAGAAACAUGUAUCUUGUGCUGUAUCAGUUCUAGUCAUAGGGUAAAUGUCAAUGAAAAACAGAUUGUCAUAAAAUAUAAAUGAUAGCUUUCUAGAUUUUGAUUUUCUGUCA